AUGCCUGAAUCCGUGAUUCCACAGGUCCGUAAGAUUACUUCAGAAGAAUCCGAAGACCCCUCUCGCUCUUCAAAACGGCCUAAGAAGCAUCAUGUCCCGCGCAGCACCGUUUUUGUGCCGACUCUUACACGUGCACACCCUCUGCGCAUCCGACCCAGUGGUAAUGCGUUGCUGUUAGCAGACAAGUCGCCAGACGGAAAGCCUCCAAGAUCGCGCACAGAUACCCUAGGCCCAUACUUUGGACGUCUACCGGACGAACUGUUGAUGACUAUCUUGCAGGACGUAGAGCACUCACAAGAUUUGCUCGCGCUUGGACACACAUGCAAAGCCAUGUUCGCAUACUGCUGGAAUGACGAGCUAUGGAAGCACAUGGUAUACCGAGACCCCAAGAAACGUGCGCCAAAAAAAUGGUAUGGCACUUGGCGGCGGACCUUUUGGGAGAUGACUGCUCCAAAAGAGAAAGAAGAGAAUGAUGAAGGUGAAGGUGAAGUUAAAGCAGAAAAAUCAGACGAGGCUAGAGUGGAUUGCCGUGACAUUGUGUUUUCAGACUUGUUAUACCGACCGUUCCAGUGUGCACAGAUCGACUACAAAAAGAUUCUGGAACGUGCGUUACAAGAAGACAUUGAGGAAGAACAAGAGAACGGAACCGGAGAAAGCAAACUGAUACCUAUAUUUAAAGAAGACGACAUGUCACUGGCGAAAUAUAACCAGGAAUGGUACAAUAAACCAUUUAUGCUCAAUUUGACAACGCCUAUUGCUGACUGGACUGUGGACAACCUUGUGGAACGGUUUAGCGAGACAAUCUUUAGACAAGAGUAUAUGGAUUGGACACUUAAGGUUUACAACGAGUAUAUGCAAGACAACAGUGACGAAUCACCGCUUUAUUUGUUUGAUUGCCGAAGUGAAGCAAUGCGUGCACGUACGGUAAGGAUCCGAGAUCCUGAAACAGGCAAAAAGACCAGUGUGCAGGUAGGUGGUGAAUUGUCCCGAGAGUACAGGAUGCCAGCUUCUGUUUUCACAGACAAAAACAAUGAUGUUUUCACAGUAUUUGGUCCUCAGGUAAGACCCAAUCAUCGAUGGCUUAUUGUGGGACCUGCGCGAAGCGGGUCUUCCUUUCAUAAAGACCCCAACGCAACCUCUGCAUGGAAUGUGGUGCUUACAGGACAUAAGUACUGGAUCAUGUUCCCUUCUUUUCGGUCAGGGAGUGACGGGGUAGGCCAGUCAUUGGCUCCUCCACCAGGUGUAGGUACUGAUGCCGCAGAAAGUGAAGUGACAGCACCUGUGUCAAUCGCGGAAUGGUUUCAAAGUGGAUACUACGACCUUGCUCGCGCUACGCCAGGGUUUUGCCACGGAAUUUGUGGGCCCGGACAGAUGGUUCAUGUGCCAGGUGGGUGGUGGCAUUUGGUGGUGAAUCUGGACGAGUGUAUGGCGUUAACAGGGAAUUUUGUUCCGGUGGUGCGGGUGCCAGACGUGAUUGAUUUCCUGCACAAUAAGCAUGAUCAGAUUAGUGGGUUUCGGUGGAGUGCAGUUGAGCGUGCAUUGAAAACAGGGUAUGGUGAAGAGUAUGGUAGUUCUAAUGGUAAAAAAGAGGGCGCAAAAAAAGAAAUAGAGGUAGAGGAUGAAGAUGAAGAUGAAGAUGAAGAUCAGGCAAGAAGUGGAAGUUCAAUGGAGGAAGAUGACGACGAAUGUGGGUGUGAUGAUGGUGUGGAUAUGUCCAAGUACGUGUUUUACUUAUUUGUACGACGGAUUCUGCAAUCUGGCAACUCUGAGUUUAUUGGAGCACUGAGCAAGGCGUUUGUGCGGAUGCCAUUGUUGAUGCUUUUGCGCGACCGCGAUCAUGCGCGUCAAUUGGAGCAGGCUAAGCAAGGUGAUGAGAGUGAGUCCCAACAACACAUGGUAUCGAAAAAGUGGCAGAAGCUUGUUGGUAACGGCAAUGGCAACGGUCCGGAGAGUGGUGAACAAGAUGAAGAACGAAAACAGUCUGGGGGAUUUUCAUUUGGGUUUGCAAUUGAGGAUGACGAGUUGGAUGAUGAGGCUGCAUUGUUUGAGUGA